UUACUACUUGAUUCCAUAUCUGUUAUUUCAUAUUUUUUAUUCUACAAUGUAGAAAAUAGUAAAAAUCAAGAAACCCUGGAAUGAGUAGGUGUCCAAACUUUUGACUGGUACUGUACAUGGAUAUUUCACUAGGCCUAUAGGCUGCAUUGUAUGCCUCUUGGGUAAAUCUGAGCAACAACAAAAACAUUUCAGGCUAUCCCGUUAAAACAACUAGAGACUACAGAAUGUGCGUGUUGUAAUUACAAUUUGAAUCUUAAUUGAUGGAUUUCUAACUGUCCUUUUUGUGAGGCGCAGCCAGGAAAUAGUUCUGUCCAAUGGCGAGUGGUGGGGUCGAUUAACCAGGAGGAUUCUCCAUCACCAGUUUGGGAACAUUUUGGUUUCCCAGUAAGAUUAUUGCGGGGAUGGACACAGAGUAUGUUGCCAGUGCUGGAAGAGAAUAGCCUAUGCAGCUGCCAACACCUCAACAUGUUGACACAGUUACGCCGACAUCACGCCAGUAUUCAUUUACAUUUACAUUUAAGUAAUUUAGCAGACGCUCUUAUCCAGUAUUCCUACCACCAGAACAAGACGGCAACUCAAAAAAACAAUGCAACGUCGUCUCCCCGCUGCAUUCAAGCAGCCCUUCGCAGCUGAUUCUGACCGGGCCAAAAUAAACAAAUGACAAGAGCGAUAGGUAUGUUUAUUACCAUGGAAAUGCGCCCAUUCUCGGUGGUUGAGAAGAAUAAGGCGUUUCAGCACUUCUUGAAAGUGCUCGAGCCACGUUACGAACUUCACCCACUCGCACCCAUUUCAGCAGAUGGGUAGUACCCACUCUAUUUAAGCAAGCUGAAACAGAAGUUGUCAAUAAAUAGGCCAAUGCACCCUGUGUUGUGCUUACUACAGAUGGAUGGACCUCCCAGGGCUAUGGAGAGCUACUUAAGUGACAGACCUUCACAUUUCCCUCAACUGGAAAAUGAAAAGUACCGCGCUACAGACGCGCCCCCUUUAUGAGAGUCACACAAGUGCACAUAUUUUUCUCUUUGUAAGAAAACCUUAUAGCAUAGGCUUCUACAAUGUCUGAGCCAUGUUUACAUGUUGAUUUCACACACAUAUUGCACUUUAUUUUAGUGUUGUUGAGUAAUCAUGUGUUUUCAUUUCAGAAAAUAUAAACAAAAAUUAACUACAGUAACUGUUGACAUUUUCCCGCUGUACCAAAUCCGAACCGUAGCGCGACCCCAAAACCAGGUUUUGUGAACUUUUACACCCCUACUCAAGGUACCAUCCAUAGCCACCUUGUGACAGGAUGGCAUGUUAUUAAUGUGAUUCCUGUUUGUCUUUAUUCUACCUGUUCACUGCGACAGUUGUGAAUUUGUGCCUGGGUUGUUCUGGGAAUCCCAUGUUGCUCUGUGUUUUAAGGGCAUUGAAACAAUAUUAAAGGUGGGAGAGGAAGGAGCAUCUAUCAGAUUAAGAAUAUCAACAAGACCCCAGCCCACCUUUCUUUUCUAUGGCCAUGCUGGAAGAGUGUAGUGGCAUGGUGUCGUGAGAUGGGCGUGCUCCAAACUACAUGUCAGACAGUGCUGGUCACUGCCAAUGGCAUGCCUUCUUUUUCCAGCUAAUUCUGUGACCGUUGGUCCAUUGGCAUGUAUGAAGACUGACUGCUGCAAGAUGUUGUGUGUUCCCCUAUACUGUAACUAAAGCGGUAAUCCCCAUUCAAAAUAAAUGAAGGAAUUCAUGGGGAAGCAGGGUAGCUCAUCAGUUUAAACGGUUAAAUUUGAACAUUUUCAAUCACAAGUAUGGUGCAGAUAAUCAACCUCAAGUUUGUCCAGUCAAGACAUCUUCAAAACGAAGCCCAUCGUGCAUGUUGGUUUUUAUGUAAAUGUUCAAUGUAUUAGUUUGUCCUUUUUAUGAUUCUUAUAGAAUCUGAAAUCAAGAAUAGUGUCGUGUUUUCUCUCUGAGACCUUCUCAUUAUUUGACUUCCUCUUUGUCAUGAAAGGUGCUUUGCUCCAACUGUUGCUGAUUGGACCCCUGAGUCUUAAAGAAGAACUGAAUCUCGUGUGUGAUUUAUUUGAAGGUCUGUUUAUUGAUGCAUUUGUUAUCUGAGCUGAAAACUCCCCUGUCGAACAAAUACCUCCUAGAGGUUUUUCAUUGUAAAUACAAUAACAUUUUGUCAAAAUUAAAAAAGUGGAAAUUAUCAGCGUCACUUAAGUUGAUAAAAGUGACAUAAAAUAUUUUCAACAAAUAACCAUAAUGUAUAUCAGCUAAAGCCUCAAAACCGAAGCCAAUACAAAUUUGAAUUUCCUAUGCUUUAUUAUUAUAACCAGCUACAAACAGCUCUUUAUAUUACAUGCCUGUACAGUUGAAGUCAGAAGUUUAUGUACACGUUAGCCAAAUACAUUUAAACUCAAUUGAGAUGUACAAACUAUGGCCAUGCUGUCAAUGAAGCAUGCCAAUGUUGAAUGUUUUAUAAUUUUAAGCUUGGAAAAGACACCCUUAAUCCCAGACUUGGGACCAGAUAGCCACUCCACUAAAUAGCAGGCUAGUGAUUGCUUUGCAAUGCUUGCCGUUAGGAUUUGCCAGUAGAUUGUCGACUUGAUUCAUAAUGAUGACUGCUAGCUAAGAUUUAGAAAGUAUGUUGACAUGAUCCGUCCAAUCAAAGCUACUUUAGAUGAAAUUACGUCAGAUCACAUAUCUGUGGUCAAUGACCUCAAACUUAUUGGAUGGACACUUCAAAUGUAACUAUGGCAGCACCCAAGGGGCUUGAAUUUUCGAGUUUUACCCUACCCUGACUACACAGCUUGCAAAAAUACAUUUGGAAAUCUAUGUUAUUAAUUUAUUGCACCCACACUGCUCGUGCACGUCAACGAGCGUCUGCGUUGCCAUGGGCUAAAAUAGAAGUCCUUUCUAUUUAUAAAAAUAAUAAUAAUAAUUGUGAAAUCCAAUUGGUAGUUAGUCUUGUCUCAUCGCUGCAACUCCCGUACGGACUCAGGAGAGACGAAGGUCGAGAGCUCACUAGAAAUUAUUUGGUUGACCGUUAUAUGUGUGGAUUAAUUGUCGGAGUAGGGGACAUUGUGCAUUUCGGGUAAAAUAACAACUCAAUGUUUAUAUCCCAGGACAAAUUUGCUAGCAACAACAAGCUAGCUAAAUAGGACAAAUGAGCUAGCAAGCUAACUAGCUACAUUUCCAUACAUGUUUAAUGCUUUUCGACCUGUCCCCAAAUUAAUGUCAUUGGUUCAGAGUUUGUUUUGAUAUUUUAACCUGCGUGUCGUGAUCACGUUUUGUGUAGUGUUGUACAUUUCAUGUAUUGUUUAGAGUUUUGUCGUGCCUUCGCUGGCAUGCAUAUAAAAUAACAUGUUUGCCUCACCAAGAUUGACAUGCUAAAAUUGCCACUGAAAGUAGUCCUGGUGAAUAGUAUGCACAAAACAAUGGUUGUCUUCAUGUAUAUCUUUGGUCAUGCUGUACAAUACUGAACAUGCUGUAUUAUUGCAUCCAAAUUGAGUUUCAUUCAUAUUAAAGUAUUUAACUCACCUCAUACGUCUUGCCUAAGUGUUUGAUUGCAUACUGAUUCAUUGAUGUUGUAACAUGCUGUGAACUUGACCUCUGUUACAUUUGCGAUUUCACUUUUUUGUUCUUUAAAAAAAAUGAGUAUCGGUCACGUGUGGCAUUGAGAGUGCGUGCUGCUUCUUCCAGACAGAAGAAUAAUUUUGAUUUCCUGUGUGUGUGGUUGGUUUCUACAUUGAAUUAUACUGGGGCGGAAAGGUACGAUCGUGAACACACGCUUCCACGUGUGUAGGGUAUAAUGAGAACAACGCAAUGCCGCGCAUCCUUGAGAGGUCUUGUCGCCGUGACUGAAGAAGGGUCGACGUGGAAAUAGAGGGGAGGGACGCGAUCAAGACCAGGGAUUAAGAUAUGAAAUUACGCCUAUUUGCAUGGCCAAUUUUUCUCCUUGUAUACACCGAUUUAGGAUGAGCUGCCACACGGGUUUUAAAAUUAUGUACAUAACAUAAUAAAACAGGCUGAAGAUGUCUUUGUUUCCUUUUCUUUCUCAACAUCCUGUGCUACAUGUCAGUAAACUGUCUCGUCUAGGCAAAGUGUUUGCUGCGCUGCCUAGACCUUAUAAUGUGAGGAUGGAUGCAGUGAACACUCGAUACAUCAUGAAAUGGGACUGGAAUCACUCCAUGGCCAAUCACAACAUCACGUUCACCGCUCAAUACACAUUUUCUCAUAAACAGUUGGACGAGAGGUCCUACACAGGGAUGUGUAUCAGGAUAACUGAGGAGAGGUGUGACUUCUCUAGGGAGCUGGACUUCUACAUGGGGUCAUACAUACUGAGAGUGAGGGCCGAGGGCAGGGGUCAGAUGUCAGACUGGUACAGGCUGAAGUUCAUUCCUGAUGAACAUGCGGACCUAGGCCCCCCAUCCCAUGUGGCGUUCGAUCCAGGGGACACCAUGUUAACAGUGAGCUUCAGGGAGCCAAUGACGGAGCAGAACACCCCCAUGAGAUCUGUGUUAGACAUGUCCUUCAGUCUGCAGUAUUGGGAGAAGCAUUCACCCAGCAAGAAACAAGAGAAAGUUUUUGAAUCCACAGAGGGAACAUUGUUCCCGCUGAAGCCCUGGACAGAGUACUGCCUGCAGGUCAAUGCAUUCAACAAAUUGUACAAUAAGACCAGCCCAUACACGCAGCAACAGUGUGUGAGGACCCUGGGAUAUCCUCCGGUGUGGAAGGUGUUGCUGGCUCUGCUGGGCUGUGUAGCUCUGAUGACGACAGUGCCUGUCUACAGAUGCCACAAAAAGAGAAAAAGUAUUGUCUCAAAGCACACAUUUCCCAGCAGUAUACUGCAUAACACACAGGAUACAAUAUCCCUUCUCCUCCUGCCUCGGGAGGAGAGCUGUGUGGCCACAGUUGUGGUGGCUGUACAGGUAGAGCAGACAAGCCAAGGUCAACAGCAACAGGUCAAGGGUCAGGGAAAUGUUGAGGCGGUGCAGGACAGUGGCUCCUCCUCCAUCCAGAGAGGACAAGGCAGCUCCAGUCAGGACUCUGGGAUCUAUUCAGGAGAAGACAGUGGAAAGAAGAGCGCAGGAUCAACAACAACAACAAGUCAACCUAAAGAGACACACUGAGAAGAAAAAAAUGGAUCCCCAUAGCAAACUGCUGUAGAGCAAUUAGUGGAAUUUUGGGAAGCAGGUUUGGAUUCACUGUCAAGAGGAGAGCUCUUGGGGAAAUUCUCUUUUAGUCAAAUUACUUUUUAAGACAUUUUUAGACUAGCAAAAAGACCCGAUGCAUUUCUCUAGUUGAGUUUAUUGAGUUGCCUGGGAAUAAUGGCCAAUAAUGCAGGUUAUGGAAUGUACUGUAUAUGUUAUUAUUUUUACAUUAUUCCCAUGCAAUAGGAGAUAUGAAAUAUAUUUUGCUCAGAUAAUUCACAGGCCAUUUAGAGUUCCUCUGUCCAGUGUUCUUUUGCCCAUCUUAAACUUUUCUUUUUAUUUGCCUGUCUGAGAUAUGGCUUUUUCUUUGCAACUCUGUCUAGAUGGCCAGCAUCCCGGAGUCGCCUCUUCACU